GAUAUUUGCGUAACACUUAGAAUGGCCUUGGUUAACUAUGGGAGUUCUGGUGAAGACUCAAGCGGUAAGAAUAUUAUGUGAAUAAUGUAGUGGACUAACAGAUGACGGUGAAAAGUCCAUCGAAGAUGGUGAUGGCAGCAAAGUAACUGAAAGCAAUGCAUCUAAAGAUCGAGUAGAGCCUGAAUUUAAAAUGCGAGUCCCUAAAAGUGCCAAAAUACCCAACCUCGUUCCUAAUAUCCCUAUCGUUAAAACAAAGGAAGGUAAAAUAUUCUUGUCUGUCCCGGAUUUGGAAGCAGUAAGUAUAUAUCUACGAAAUGCAUAUAUGUGACAAUUUAGCUGGAUUCUUCGGAUGACAGUGAAGAGGAUGGUCAGUCAGUUAAAACUAAUAAGAAAGUUGCCCACUUCAUGUUACCUGUGUCAUUUACAACAAUACCGUACUGUUUCCCACUUUACCCAACUUUGAACGGGGUCUUAUCCACGUUUUACACACUACCCAUGUUCACGAAAAAAAUUCUCCGACCAGGUUGCUGAGUUUUUCAUUGAAUAUUUUAUCCGAACAAAUCACGUGCAUGGUGAACUAAACACCUCAGAGUUGCGCAGAAAUUUCAAAUCUGAAAAAGACAAAGUUAACCUCCUCUCAAUUCUUCCACCUACACGUGCACUGAUUAUUCGCGAAGGAAACAAGCCAAUGAUACCACAUCAAUUAAUCAUGUCUAGAAAAAUUACAAAUCAAACUAAUAAAGAAGCAUCUACUGUUAAAAGUAAAGGCCAAAAUGAUGAAAAGAAAUCAUAUUCAACUCUUCCUAAUGCUGAUAAUGAUGAAAUCUGGGAUUCGGAUGCCUUAGAUAAACAACAUGACUCUGAUACAGAAUUUUCAGAGCUAAACGAAGACACCAAAGAACCAAGCUUCUUUUCAUUUUAUACACCUACACCUGAAAAUCGCGAAGCUGUUGCUUCAGAACGAGCAGCAGCCAUAUCAGCAUUAAGAACAGGUCGAAGAAAAGCCGAAUUACCUAGUGGUAAAACUCCUGCAAAGAAUGUUGAAAAUGAUCAUAGUUGUAGUAAUAAUUCAUCUAUAACAGCUGAAUUAUCUCAUGAAAUCUUUCUUGGAGAGAAGCAUACUCCAAAAUCAUGGGAAGACUGCUUGCCUAAAGUUACUAUUAGUGAUACAGAUAUUUUGCGUCAAAUGUCUUCUACUCAGAAAAAUACCUCUGAUGAAGAUGAGGAGCCUGAUGAAAAAGUGUUUUGGUCGGAGGAGAAUUUCAUUCCAGGUCCCGAGCGUAAACGUGCACGUCUUACUAUGCCUGGUACAAAGGCGAAUAAUAUUGCUGUGAAUGAAUUACUUCAAUCGACAAACACUGAAGUUAUAUCUAUCAAUCAAUCAGAUUUAACUGCUGGCGCUCAGCUGGAAUUAAUCAAAUCAGUUACCGGUGAUGAUGCUCAGUAUAGGCCAAAGCCUGCAGCAACAACUGAGGACCCUGGCAAGUUGGCACAUCGGAAACAUCAAAUCACCUGGUUAUGUCAUCAGGCUCAAGAGAACGAACUUGAAUUGGAAAAGCGUUGGGCUGAAGCUAGACGUAACAAGGCUUCAAAUCGAGCUAAAUAUGGAUUUUGAACCUCGGGGUAGUGGUGUGUGUGUGUGCAUGCGUGUGUAUGUCUGUGUUUCCUUCUCUUGUGUAAAUAGAACUUCAAAUCUAUCCCACUAAUUUAUUAUUAUUUAUUUUUGUAAUCUGAAUUUCUUUUCUCCUUUCUGAAACCUUUUCUUUCCCUUCUUUUGUAGAAAAUAUUUCAUUGUAAAAUAUAGAGAAUAUCAAUGA